AUGAAACUCAAACCUAUGAUAUUCAUCAACGAACGAGCCUCGGCAGUUAUGUUCCAACAUCCAUACCAACAUCUGCAACCACUGACUCAAAUACCCACACCGACAACGUUCGAUCCACUAUGGCCAACACCAGCGCCUGGCGAGUUUUUCUACGGUGAUCCGAGGAAUCCGAAGAAAAUCGAUCAAAGAUUCACAAAAUACGGUGAACAGGCCUCCGAGAACAAUAUACCUUGUUCGGCAUACACCGACGACAUUUGCUAUCAGCAGGUAUUCCUCUUUACUAAUAUUACUGAUUACUAUCAAUUACUUUUUGCAACAUUUUUCACGAAAGGGGUGGGAACGAGUGAGCCAACUUCUUUUUGUAAAAACGAUUCACGGCAGUCCCAGUUUUGCUCCAGGACUACUUUGCAUUGA